CAAAAACUAUGAAGUCAUACAGCGCCUGACGUUUUGCUUUUCGUAAUUGUGAAGGAAACUGGAAGGAUUAAAUUAAUCAGUUCAAAGAAUUAAUUGCACAUACGCGACCGGGUUGCAUUAUGGAUAACCGCCAGAACAUUGAACAACUGCAGCAUUAUCUAAAUGAACUUUUCGCAGCGGGCAGUGGUGUUAUCGGGCAGCUAACAUGGUGGUCAGGAAUAGGCGUAAUAUUCGCACUUCGUUUCCUUUUUUCAGGUCUAUUUUCGCAAGACGGUACAACCGAAGACGGCAGUACCAUAGUCGUAUUACAACCCUUCUCCGGAAUAUUGUUGCUGUUAACCAAUCUCGCUGUUCUCGGGAGUUGCUACUGUGCGAACUGGGAGCUCAGUUUAUUUACAACAGUGCAGCAAUGGGCAAACAGAAAUCGCGAAUAUAUCGCUCUCCAAUCGAAGAGAGUUGCGGUUAAUGGAAUGGUCAAUCUGUUUGCCUGUGCGGUAUACUGUGUCAUGGUCAUCGUCAACCUGAAAGCCAUGUUUUCCGGAAUUGUGUGUCUUGCUAUCUCCUUGUGGAUGUGCCCAAACAUCAUUCGGAAUUAUGAACUAGCCUGGAUUGCUGCAAUGAUAUCACCGGGCGCUGCCGUCAUAACUUCUGCGCUUGUUAUGGCAAUAAACUGCGGUUUCGCCAGUUAUACCAUCUUUCAAGUGGUACAUUUCAUGUACCAAAGCAAUACCAUGCCUGCUGGAGAGUCUACCAAUAAGCGGCAAAUCUUUAUGGAGAAUCCACCUGCAUACGAAGAAAUCAGCCAAAUGUUCGCGCAGUUUGCUCAGCCUUUUCCGCAACAAAACUGAUUGUAUAAAUAUGUAAAAUAUUUUCUUUACGUUCUUUUUUUCAUGUAUAUGACAACCUCUGCUCACUAUGAUAAGGUAUAAUUUCUACUUUCUACAACUCGAACAAUCAUCAAACAAUCACACAAUUUAGGUUA